AUGUCCAACAAGACGCUGUUCGGUAAAUCGCUGGACAAAUACGAUUCGAAUAUUGACGACAUAGAUGACCUACUUUCGAAGCUGACGGAGGCGGAGAUUAAGGAAUUGAACGACGAUAUCGACCCAGACAACUCGCUUCUCCCGCCUUCUCAACGCUGCCGCGAUCAGACUACGAAGGCGCCAACUGGACCCUUCAAUCGCGAAAAUCUCAUCAAAUUCCUUGUAGAAAAGGCAAAGAAUGAUCCCGACUGGGAUGAAGCAGUUCCCUACGAGAAGAAGAUUCGUGGUAAGGUCUUUGAAAAGAAGGUCGAACCGGUGGCGGUGGAGAAAAACGAGCUCUCUGAAUUGGGCUUUGAUGUGGAAUUUGAUGAAAGCAUCAACGAGGCCUUGAACAAUGCUACAGACGACGAACUCAUCGAUCUGGCAGCCAUCCUGGGUUUCACGGGCAUGAUGAAUCAGGUGCAGUUCCACGCCAGUAUCGAGAACCGGGGUCAGGUGGGUGGCGGCUUUCUUGGUGUUGCCAAGGCUGAACAGCUCAAAAUUGUGCCCGAUGAGCCUCCCAAUAUGACUGAUGUUGAGGAGAGCAUUAAGAAGCUCACAGCGGACGACGCAUCGUUAACGGUGCUGAAUCUGAACAACAUUAAGGAUCUCAGCGCAGAGGUGGUGUCGCGUCUAUUCACGGCGGUGGGCGAGAACACAAAGCUGCAUGAGCUCCACAUGGCCGGGACGGACCUCACUUCGGCCAUGAUGGAGCCUCUCCUCCUUUCACUCAAGGUCAACCAUACUUUGGAGGUUCUCAAUCUUGAAUCGAACUCCAUUACUGGCGACAUGAUUUUAAAGAUUUUGGACUCUAUUUCGGACUCAAAGAGCGCCGUAAAAGACCUUCGGCUGGCCAAUCAGCGCCAACGCGUGCUCGGCGUGCAGGUGGAGGAGCAGAUCGCCAAACUGGUGCUGCAGAAUCCACGACUCAGCAACCUCAGUCUGUACUUCGACACACCGUAUGCGCGUGUGCAAAUCAACGAGCACCUGAAGAAGACCGUAGACACCAAUAAACGGCUUGCCCGUGUCAAUAAGGGUGCCUAG